GAAGUAUUGCUACAGAUCGAAUUCCGAUUUCUUGGUGAAUUAGUGCCAGUUGUAUGAGAAAAUGAUUAAGGUGUUUGCGGUUUGUGCUAUUUUGUUGGGGUCUUCUGUAUUUUCUGAAGAAAUAUAUGACAAUUACGAAGUGAUUACUGAUAUACCAUUUGAUAUGGCAGGAGCCAAGCCCAAGCUCUUUCCAUCUGUUACAGAAUUGAUUAAAUCUCAUGGAUAUCCAGUGGAAAGUUAUGAAGUUCAGACAGAAGAUGGUUAUCUCCUUACAAUGCAUCGGAUUCCACAUGGCUUGGCUCGUGAAGCAGGUCCAGCUCCCAAUAAACGCGUUGCAUUUCUUCAACAUGGACUUUUGUGCUCAUCAGCCGAUUGGGUUGUAACUGGGCCUUCAACAGGUUUAGCAUACCAGUUAGCAGAUAAAGGAUAUGACGUUUGGAUGGGAAAUGCUCGAGGAAAUACCCAUUCCAAGGCACAUAUCACUUUAAGUCCCAGUUCUUCAGAAUUUUGGCAGUUCAGUUGGCAUGAAAUAGGAAUAUAUGAUGUCCCAGCCAUGAUUGACUAUGCAUUGAAUGAAACUGGACAAAGCCGUUUGUACUACACUGGACAUUCACAAGGGACAACAGUUCUAUUCGUACUGCUUUCACUUCGACCUGAGUACAAUGAAAAAAUUAUUCUAGCUAAUGCCUUAGCACCAGUAUCGUAUAUGAGGAAUAUGAAAUCACCUUUCUUCAGGGCUUUGGCUCCUUUUGUAUUCAUCUUGGAUAAGAUUGCCAGUCUUCUGGGCAUCAAUGAAUUUGCACCUAGUAGCGCUAUGUUGCAGUUGGGAGGUUUUUUUCUGUGCAGAGAUCAGUCCAUUUUUCAAGAAAUAUGUGCUAACGUCAUCUUCUUAAUUGGUGGAUUCGAUUCAGAACAACUUAAUAAGACCAUGCUACCACAAAUCACAUAUUAUACACCUGCUGGAGCUUCGACAAAACAAUUUGUUCACUACGGCCAGCUUUACAAUUCGGGCAAAUUCCGGCAGUAUGACCACGGCUGGUUAGGUAACAUGCAGAUCUACAAUACCUUUACUCCACCUGAAUAUCCAAUUGAGAGAAUCACAGCCCCUAUUGCCCUAUAUUACAGUAAAAACGAUUGGUUGUCUGCAGUUAAAGACGUUGAGCAACUUAAGUCUAGAAUAGAGAAUAUUUUAGUGAAAAGCUACAAUGUCCCAUAUGAAAAAUUUAAUCAUCUUGAUUUUCUCUGGGCCAUUGAUGUUAAAACAUUAGUUCAUAACCAUGUUAUCGCGUUGAUGGAUCAAUUUCCCGAAUCAUAGCCUGUCCAAAAAUUGUACUACUUAAAAAACAAAAUCAAACUCUACCUAAUUGUUACCAACCUUAUGUAAAUUGAAAAUAAAUCGUUACUGAUAACAUCGAAA